GUCUCUCAGUCACCACACACUCUCCUCUCGCAGCUGCCAUGGACUCCAUCCUUUCUGGUCCUAUUAAAGAUGGGGACAAGUCCUACGAUGUAGACCACAAGGGCAAAGGUUGCGAAGAUGAUGGCAGGAAGUACUGCAGCUACUGUAGCCAGAACAGCAAGGACAAGGAUGAUGAUGACCACAAGGAUGAUAAGGAUGACAAGAAGGAUGAUAAGAAUGGCAUACUACGACCGUGGCAGCAUUAGCUGGAACAUCCG